GGGCGCCUCUUGGUUGAGCUGUCGUCUUUCAAGGAGGCCCCCAAGGCAGUGGAGAACUUCCGCUGCCUGUGCACGGGGGAGAGGGGCACGGGCAAGGCCAGCGGCAAGGCGCUGCACUACAAGGGAGUGCGGAUGCACCGGGCGGUGGCAUCAUUUCUGGUGCAGGGCGGGGAUGUCGUCAAAGGGGAUGGCAGCGGAGGGGACAGCAUCUACGGCGGCAAGUUCAAGGAUGAGCCGGCGGCGCUGAAGCUGAAGCAUGAUGCGGCAGGGGUGGUGGGCUUUGCCAACUCAGGCAAGAACAGCAACACCUCUCAGUUUUACAUCACCUUUGGGCCAGCGCCGCAAUGCGACGGCAAGCAUGUGGUUAUUGGGAGGGUGGUGGAGGGGCUGGACGUGCUCAAGCAGAUAGAGGAGCUGGCGGCCAGCAGCGACGGCACGCCGCGGACAGACGUGGUUGUCGUGGACUGCGGCCAGUUG